AGUUGACUGUUUGCUCUGAAGCCAUAUAUACGUUUACUUGGUGUACUCAUGGUGGGCUAUUGUUGGAGGUUGAGUUGAUUGGCGACGACUUGUUGAGAAGGUAACCUUAUUUUUAUCCGGGAAAGUUAUGAGCUUUCGACCUCGUGGAUGCCGAAAACGUUCAGAUGGUUGAGAUGGUGUCCUUCGAUUUAAAACACGACUGGAAAAGGUUGAGAUAUUGUUCGAGGAAAGAUUGAAUCGACAAAAAUAAAUUCCUUUGGACAGUGCCCGUGCGGACGAUCGUAAGUUUCAUCUCGCAAUGAAGCCGGAUGCCCAGGAGACUGUUGUUAGUAUCCCCCUUCCUGACGACAUGGCCCCUAGCCUCAGAUCUGCCUUCGUAACCCGUAUCUUCAUCCUCCUCAUCUUCAUCUUCUCCGUCAGUUCGCUAUUCUACACCACCAUGCAGCUGCAUUAUCCACGCUCCAAGACAGCUACAAGAGUUACAAGAACGGGUUCGUUACAACUAGCACAGUCUUCUCUGGAUGUAGAGCAGUGGGAUAUUACAAACAGAAAAGAGGAUGUCCACAAUAUGACGCAUCAGCUACAUCAAGUCCAAUCAAGAGACAACUCAGCUGUCCAUGAAGCAGGGUCGAGGAAAAUUCCGAGGAAAAACAUGACUCUUGUCCUGCCGAGAAGUUUCCUGAAUCAGAACAGGACGAAACUAUAUCACGCAGGUGAUGAUAGUUCAAGAACUCUUGAGGAAGAUCACCUUAUCCUUGUGGAACCUCGUAGGUUGAAACUCUCAAGGGAAAAGGCGAUGAAGAGGAGAGAACUGAGGGCGUUGAAGACUCGCACAUGGGACCAGAUCCAGGCUGCACGGAAGCAGGCAGUAGAACGUAUGUGCGAUCAACGACCCGACCUUCGCAACGGCUCCUUAGAACGCAUCAUCCACGCCAACCGAACGCAAUUGUCGCAUUACCUCGUAAGCGAUCGUUUGGAGAUCAUCUUCUUGGCUGUCCCGAUGGCAGCUUCCGACUUCUGGAAGGAUGCUUUCAAGCAGCUAUCUUUCCCUGGAUCGCAAAGUGGGAGCGGAGCAGCGGAGGAAAACGGUUGGCGAGUUCUGAGCUCAUACGACGAGACAGAAAUUCGACAACGUCUUCGAGAGUACAAGAAGUUGUUAUUUGUCCGAGAUCCCUUCGCGCGUAUUGUUUCCGCGUAUCGCCGGAAAUUCCUGUCGCCGUCAGCGUACAGCAAGCAAUAUGAAGCCAUCAUAGAGGAAACAUACCGGAAGUGGAACACGGGUGUGCAUUACAACAGAUCAUCGAACAUAAGUUUUCAAGAAUUCGCUUAUUUUGUGGAAGAUGCCCCGGACGACAUCUUUUCAAGUCUCUGGCAGCCGACGUCCAAGCUGGCAAUGCCUUGUGAAAUUAAAUAUAACUUCAUUGGGAAGCUUGAGGAGGGGCCAUCGGAGUUUACCAAUAUGCUCAAAAGCGCUCGGAUACAUUCGCUUGUCAAAUAUGAACCGCAUUCCAAUACACCCAGUCACGAAGGCUCCAUAUACGAUCAUUACUUCUUACAAGUAUGGACCAAUCAAAUUAAACGUCUCUACAAAAAGUAUGAAGAUGACUAUUUAAUGUUCGGUUAUUCACUACCGACAUACAUGCACCCAUGGGUGUUUGGUCGAUUCAAUGUUACGAAACACUGAUUUUGCGUAUAAAUCUUGAAUACAUACUCAUGGAUUUAUCGUGGUAUGUGUUUCAUGUUCUGAAAUAUAACGUUUAUCCUUUCUCUAAAUUAUUUUAUAACGAUGUGUUUAACAUAUCUUUGACAUCAUUUUUAUAUUGUUGUAAUUAGAGCAAUAAUAAUGAUUGAUUACGAUCCCAUAAAGCAAUUUUUAAAGUUGACAAUCAAAAUUAGUAGUGCAACAAAUUUUAUCAUGAUUAUAUAUUUAUCUUUAGUUUUGUGAAAGUUCUAUAUUUCUCAGAUCAGUGAUCCGAAAAAUGAAAAUAUAUAACGUGCUAUAAUUAAUGUAAUUCUAGUCAUAUUAUUUUAAUUUAUCAAUUAUAGGCUAUGCACUUGAAAUUUAUUGUGCAAAUUAUCAAGUUGCUUAAUGUUUGAACUGUAAUCCUAUUCAACCACUGGUAUGUACCAUGACGCAUAUUCUUUUUAUACAACUGUUUUUAUAAGGGGUUGGUUACGAAUUUCACCAUAGUCUAUUAUCGAUUAGUUUGAUAUUAUCUCGUGACCUUUUAUCAUAUUAUCUCGUGACAUUUUAUCAUAUUAUCUCGUGAUAUUUUAUCAUAUUGUUAUUCUGAAAAUCCGUAUGAAAAUAUCAGCCUUAAACUUUAUACCAUGCAAAACGUGGAUCUUUUUUUUUCUCAAUCAGCAAAAUUCAUCUGUUUUGGUAUUUAAAAACUUUUGAUUGCCAGGUUGAAUUUUCAAUCAAACCCUCAUCGUAGAUGGCGUAUUAUAGUUAGUAACAUUCGACGAGUUCCAAUAAUAUCAUCACUUCGUAUAUAUUUAGCAGUUCCUAAAUAUCAAUGUUUUAAUUUUUCGUACUAGUGUAUGCACUGUACCAUGUCUUUUGUAGGGCCGUAUUUGCAAUCAUUAUGUGGACAAUCAAUCUAUAAAUACUUCUCAAUGAUAAACCAACAAUCAUAUCGCACGAUUGAAAAAUAUUUUUAAGUGUGCACAUUUAUUUAUUAGUCUUUACGAUAUCUCAUUUCAUAAUUUGUAUUCCUUUGUCAAUCGUUAUAUGGAAUGGCGAUGCACGCCAUUCUUAUUCUAGUUUUCAUCGAAAUGGUACAGAUAUUUUUCGAGAGUUUGUGCAAUCGUCUCAAUCCAUUUAGCAAAAUGUACAUUCUUCAACAAUAUCUACAAAAAUCCCUUUGUAUGAAUAUCGUAAUUAUUAUGUGUAAUCAUAAUCACGUGUAAUGGACAUUGUAUACGUUCGAAUUUUUCUUAUUUAUAAUUAUCUUAGCCAAGAUCAAAUUAGUCAUUUUGAAUUAACUUCCAUCUAUAGAAUAACUUAUGGAUUACUAAUCUGUUCGAAUCAUGAGUCGUUUCAUAAUAUAAAGUAGAUCAUAAAGUUACGCACAGUUACGAACGACUGGUAUGAUGCCAGACAUAUAUUUCUCUUUUAGGCGGUGGAACUGAACCAAAAAAUAGCUCUAUAUCUAUGGCACACGUUAAUCUCCUGUUUUGAAUCCAUGUGCAUUAUGGAAGUCUUGAUCACUUUAAAAAAACACGCAAGUAUGUUAUGGAUUUUCGGCUUUAAAAUAUGAUGGUCUUUCUAUCUUCAGAAAAAAAACUGGAUUACAUUGGACCAUAUACUGCUUUCAGAUUUGUUUUAGGGGGAAUAAUGUAGAGAGGUUUAUGAAUAUUUAAAAGACGAGCAGAAGAAUUGUGUAUCAUUCUCGUUGGUAUAUGAUCAACAUGUUUUGCACUUAUGGGUAAGAAUGCAGGUUAUGGUCCUGAGCUGGCGCUGUUCAACGUGAAAUGUAGUAUAUUGGAUUAAUUUUUAACCACAAUUGCCAGUAUUCUAAACUCGGGUUUAAUUUAGACUCUGUUCUAAAUACGUAAAUUAGAAAGGUAUGCCUAUCUCUAAUAGACAAGUUCAAUUUGACAGAUCCUUUCAAAAACUCAUUCAUUUAUAAUUGACUGAGAGCAAUGACUGGAAUGGUUAUCUUCAUAAUGAACUACGAGGAAAGAGCCAAUCAAAGACAGGAAACUGAAAUAUGGAAAUGCAAUUUUGAAGUGUUUAGUUUCCCAUAAUUUUAAGAUCAUGUCAUAUCAAACCAUUGCCUAAAUUAAAUCUGACUUCUGAAAAGGGACCAUUUGGGUAUAAAGUUUAAUUGUAUGAUAGUUAUACAGUCAAGCAGGGAUGGCCCCUUUGUGCUUGACUGGGGCGAAAUGACACAAAUGGGGUGUUUUUUUUUUUUUAAUUGAAUAUUUAGGUGUAAUAUUAAUAGACGACUCAUACCUUCGUAUAAUCAAUACUCUUCUAUCUUCUUUCGUACUUUUCCCUCUUAAUAAAAAAAUAAUUGUCUAUUCUUCUCCCGACAUAAUUAAAAAAAAAUCAUCAGGGGAAUCGCCCCUGUCCAAUGUAACACCGCCCAUGUCGUUUAGACACUAUCAGAACAAUAUUAUUUCUGACUCGCGUGAAAUACACUCAUCAGGUGGAAUGUAAUGCUACGGCACAACCGACUACACAAACCGACCGAUAGUACGUCAUUGAAAAUAACGAAACUGUUUUGAUCGGUUUGCAGCCCGUUUGCAGUCGGUUUAAUUGGUGUGAAUGUAACAGGAUAAAUGUCUUUCGGCUGUCGAGAUUAAAACAAUCAGCAUGCAUUUAAUUCCAGGCCAGGCUAUGAUCACCUUUAAUUAAAAUCUUAGCAAUUUUUAUUUUUUGGUCUUCUCUACCACUUGUCUCAGCCCUUUUGAAGAAAUUGCAGAAUAAUACAAGAUUUUGUAAAAUGCAA